GGGUCAGCUGAGCCGCGCGGCCGGCGCUGAGUGACGGCGAGCGGCGGCCCCUGGGCAGUAACGGGAGAGGCGGCGGCGGCCCGGCCUGGCGGGGCGGAAGGAAGCGUCUGGGCCCGGGGCAGGCGCCAUGGCGACCACCGUCACCACGCAGCGCGGCCCGGUGUAUGUUGGUGAGCUUCCUCAAGACUUUCUCCGCAUCACCCCAACGCAGCAGCAGCAGCAAAUCCAGCUGGAUGCCCAAGCAGCUCAGCAGCUCCAGUAUGGAGGCACAAUGGGUACUGUGGGCAGACUCAGCAUUACAGUGGUACAGGCCAAACUGGCCAAGAACUACGGGAUGACUCGGAUGGAUCCCUACUGCCGGAUCCGGCUGGGCUAUGCUGUGUACGAGACGCCCACAGCGCACAACGGAGCCAAGAACCCGCGCUGGAACAAAGUCAUUCAGUGCACCGUUCCCCCAGGCGUGGACUCUUUCUAUCUAGAGAUAUUUGAUGAGAGGGCCUUUUCGAUGGAUGACCGCAUUGCCUGGACACACAUUACAAUUCCUGAGUCUCUGAAGCAAGGCAAUGUGGAGGAUGAGUGGUACAGCCUGAGCGGGAGGCAGGGGGAUGACAAGGAAGGAAUGAUUAACCUGGUGAUGUCCUACACGUCUUUGCCAGCUGCCAUGAUGAUGCAGCCCCAGCCAGUGGUUCUGAUGCCCACCGUCUAUCAGCAAGGAGUUGGAUACGUGCCUAUAGCAGGGCUUGAGUACUUUGCUCUGGGGAUGCCUGCAGUCUGUAACCCAGGCAUGGUACCAGUGGCAAUGCCACCUCCAGCUGUCAACCCUCAGCACCUGUGUAACGAAGAGGACCUGAAAUCUAUCCAGGACAUGUUUCCCAACAUGGACAGAGAAGUAAUCCGCUCAGUGCUAGAAGCUCAGAGGGGGAACAAGGAUGCAGCUAUCAACUCCUUGCUUCAGAUGGCUGAAGAAUCAUAGAUCCCCACCUCCUGCAUAGUCCCCCUCCUCGAUGCCACUUAUUUUUACUUGCCAAGCCAGGGAUUUAGCUAGAGGAAGAAUUUCCCAACAGCUUUCUGUUAGCACAUCCUCUGUGUGAAAGAUUAAACCUUUUCUCCUUGGACAUUUGGAUCUUUCUCACUUCCUUUCUCAGUCUGUACAUACUCAGUUCAGCUUAUGUCCUGCAAUAUAGCAUUGAAGCAUCUUUACUGUCAGCUGUGCCCUGUGUGGCUGUGUUCUGAUGGGGUGGGGAGUUAAUGCUGCUUUGUUUUGUUUCUCUCCCUCUCUUCAUAAACUUGUUCUUACAAAGUAACUCUAUGCAGUGCAGGGUUUACUACUGUUAGGUUGAAAACAAAACUCUCUGGUUGGUUGCUUUUUUUUUUUGCAUGGAGGGUUUGCUCUUUAACCAUAAGUGAUUUGUUCAAGUAUUUAGGUUUCAUCAAGCAGCCUACUCUGGCUAGAAAUUAAAAGAAAGAUCCUUCCCUUGUCCUGUGGUGUUUAGUUAUUGCUGUGAUCUGUUCACCUGUUUCUGAAUUGAAGAGUUUUCACUGAAUAAGCUCAAUUUCUUGGGUUGUGCUGUUGGUAUUUGUAAUGAGCAUCUUCUCUUCAAUCAUCAGGCACCAAAGCAAUAUCUUUUACCUGGUGUGCAUUUGGGGCUCUCUCCUCCCACACAGUACUGUUCUGGAUCUGUAACACCUUCACCAGGUAACUUUGAACUCCUGCAGCAUGUCUUGCUGUAACAGAGAGCUACAAGACUGAGCCCCAGUGUACUCCCACAGUUAAUUGUGCUCUAAUGACUGCUUCUGCAUUCCUGUGGCUCUGGCAGAGGGUGAGUGCAGAAGGAGAGAAGCUUUUAUACCUGAAAAUUACUGAAGCUGUAAAGAACUCCUUCAGGAAGCUGUAAAGAAUUAUUUCAGGUGUUGUCUUACAUUAAAAAAGCAGGAACCUAUGAUCUGCUUAUAAGGGUCCUUUCUUUACUCCUAUAUUUCAGCAAAAUUAUCAUUUUCUAAUAGAGAAAACCUUGUUGUCCUGCAAUCUGAAAUCAGAAGCAAGCAAAAUAGCUUCAGAACCAUUGACUGACACCAUGAGUUCCUCAGUGAGUUUAGACUGCAGUUGCUGUGGUCAGUUUCUGAUCACUUGGUGCAGUGGAAAUGAAUGGUGAGAGAAAAUGUAACAUAUCUUGAGUUACAGUCUGAACCUCAGAGGGGGUUGGAGGUUGCUUGUAUUUAUUGUUAGUGUUUGGUUAUUUCUUUUCUUCAGCUAACAACUCAUUUUGGACCUGCAGAAUCCUUACCAGUGUGCCCCAGUUACAGCUGUUGGCUGAAUGGCUGCAGUGUCUGGGUUCUGUUAGAUGGUGAAGUAAUGCACUUUAAAUAGUACGCACCAGUUUGGGGUUGGGUUGUUUUUUCUCCCCAGUGAUGUGCAAUGUUGCUGUUUGAUCUUUGUAAAUGUUUGAUUUCAGAUACAAUUCCUCUAAUAGCCAUAGACCUUUAUAUUUGCAAGAGUUGGAAUGAAUGUACACUUGAAAUCUAGGCUCUUGAGUGAUCCAUGACACCAUUAAAGCCAGGGUUGGAACAGGGAGAAGGGACCUGGAUUCUCCUCUUCCCCACACCUUGUUUCAUGUCCCACACUCAAAAUAUUUCCUUUAUUGUUUGCUGAAAAGCUGUUUUUUUAA